AAAAAGUUGUCAAAAACGAAAGCUUUGAGAACCCAAGCCUUAUCUCUCUCUCUCUCUCUCUCUCUCUCUCUCUCCCGCUUGUCUCUUUCAGUCCAACUUUUAGACUGCGUUGUCGCUGAUACUACGCCGAAUCUAAGUUCAGAUUUUAACUUUAUUAUCAAGGAUUACCUGGAUGUACAGCCGUAAUAACAUUCUUUGAACUGAACUGGAUCAUGCAACUAUUUGAAGAUUCAUAUUGUGCUUUUAUAUAGUAAGUUAUUGUUGCUAGGUUAGCAUGUCAAACAAUCUUGUGUCUCAACAGUUAUCUAUACCAAACAUGCAAAUGGGUCAAUUGGAACCCAUUCUGAACAAAGUGGACCCAUCGGUACAAGACAUGCAAAUGGGACUGAUGGGAUCUGUAUCCAAUAGUCCUGCAGCUCAUCAUCAUUCCAUAGCAAACAAGCAGAUGGGAUUCGUGGAUCCCUUGUCCAGCAAUCCUGGGUUGCAGAGGUUCUCAAUAUCAAACAUACAGACAGUAGGUAUAGAACCCAGGGGAAAUAAUCUGGGCUCACAGCAGUUGCCUGCACCAAUUAAGCGAAAGGCACCAAUGGAACCUUUUUAUAAUAAUACCGCUGCAGAGACGUUAUCAAUUUCUAAUAAACGGUUAGCACAAUUGGAACAUAGACCUUGGUUGCAGCAAGCAUCUGGACCAAAUAAAAAAGCUGUACAGAUGCAAUCAAUGUCCACCACUCCUGGAUCACAACAUUCUCAAACACCAAAUAAGAAAGUGGUAUACAAUAAAUCUGGUUUCCAACGGUCUUCUAUUUCAAAAAGUCCAACUGCAGUGAUGCAACCAUCUCCCAAGGCUCAAACUGAAUCUUUUAAUUCUGUGAGGUCCAAGAUGAGGGAGUCAUUAGCUGCUGCACUGGCGCUGGCUUCUCGGCAGAAAGAAGAGAAAUCUUCAAGUCCGGAAAAGAAUUCUCAGAGUGACUCUGCAAGUUCUCCAGGGCAGAUUCAGAAGAAUACACAACCUGCUGAAUCAGUUUCUGCUACUGCUGGUGCACUUGACAAUGUAUCUGUAGCGCCUAAAGUGACUUUACCCUCUCAUGAAGAUUAUUCUGCUAAAAAAAGCAAUAAUGCUGAAUGUUUUCCUUUGAAGAUUUCAGCUGCUGAGAACAUUGGCGACUAUACACAGACCCUGAAAUCUGAUGGGCAAGAAACCCAAUCAAGUAAUGUUUUUCCUGUUGAAGACGUUUCUUUUAGUGACGACUUCUUUGCCAAAGAUGAACUUUUGCAGGGGAAUGGACUUUCCUGGGUAAUGGAUUCCGAUAUGCAGGUUGUAGAAAAAAGGGAGUUUCAUACUGCUGAAGAACAAAAGUUGGGGCUUGACAAACAGGGUAGAGGUCAGAAAGAAGAAGCCGAGAAAAUUCCAGAAAUAGUGGCAUUUGAAAUUGAAGUAGAGCUCUUCAAAUUAUUUGGUGGCGUGAAUAAGAAGUACAAAGAGAAAGGGAGGUCUCUUCUAUUCAAUUUGAAAGAUCGUAAUAAUCCUGAACUGAUAGAAAGGGUCAUGUCUGGGGAUAUUUCCCCAGAACGGCUAUGUUCCAUGACGGCUGAGGAACUUGCUUCUAAGGAGCUUUCUGAGUGGCGGAUAGCAAAGGCAGAAGAGCUUGCCCAAAUGGUAGUCUUGCCUGAUGCUGAAGUUGAUAUUAGACGUUUGGUGAAGAAAACACACAAGGGCGAGUUUCAAGUAGAAGUUGAACAAGAUGAUAGUGUUCCAAUGGAUGUUUCUGUUGGGGCUAGUUCACUUACUCCAAGAGAAUCAAAAAGCAAGGAGAUCGAAGCCCCUCACCCUUCUAAAGCUGAUGGAGCCAAGGAUGAAGUGGAUGCUUCAGGUGAAAAAAAUAAUUUAGGUGACCGGAAUGCCCCAUAUACACUUACUAUUCCUUCCAGUGAGGGUUCUGAUUUAUUGCAGGGGCUCAUGGUGGAUGAUGUAUUGAAGGAUGCAGAAUUUCUUCCCCCUAUUGUAUCUUUAGAUGAGUUCAUGGAAUCUCUCGAUUCAGAGCCACCAUUUGAAAAUUUACCAGUGGAUGCUGGAAAAAUGACCACCAAUUCAGAUGAGGAUGACUUGGAGCCAAGCUCGGAGUCAAAGUCAUCUGAGAAAACUCCAAAAGACAUUGAUAUUACUGCAGAUGAACCCGAAAAAGUUGAUGCAACAUACUCAAAAUCAGAUGGUGACCAGAAAUCCAAUAAUGGUGAUACCAGUGUGAAAUCCAGUGACGAUCAUGCUGACAUGAAACCCAGUGAUGGUCGGCCUGAUGUGAAAUAUGACAGUGAGUCUGCCGUUAAACCGAGCGAUGCACACACUGAUGCAAACUGCACCGGCAGACAUGCUGAAGUGAAAACCAAUGAAAGUUAUGCUGAUGUGAAAGCUAGUAACCGCCAUGCAAAAUCAGAAAAUGUACCUCUUGCUGGUGUAUCCAAGGGUGAUUGUAUCUGGGAAGGCUUACUUCAGCUGACCACCUCAACUAUGGCCUCUGUGAUUGGCAUCUUUAAAAGUGGUGAGAAAACAUCUGCAAAAGAGUGGUCCAGUUCACUUGAGAUCAAGGGGAGAGUCAGACUCGAUGCAUUUGAGAAGUUUCUCCAAGAGCUUCCACUGUCCCGAAGUCGUGCUGUAAUGGUUGUGCAUUUUGUUGUCGUAGAGGAGUCCCUUGAGAGCGAGCAUGCUAGUCUUAAAGAGGUAGCAGAUUCUUAUGUUUUGGAUGAGAGAGUGGGUUUUGCUGAGCCUGCUCCGGGAGUGGAACUUUAUUUUUGCCCGCCGCAUAAUAGAACACGCGAAACGCUCGGCAAGAUCCUCCCGACUGAACACAUUGAGGCACUUAAUAAUAUUGAUAAUGGCCUAAUUGGUGUUAUUGUAUGGAGAAAGGCUCAGUUAACUUCCAGGAUAUCACCCAACUCAUCAUCGCAGAAACAUAAAAAGCAAAAUAUCACUUCUAGGAGACACCAAGAGACAAAUAUGAAUCCCAAUUUCACACCAAAACCAAACCCAUCUCACACCAAUUUGGAACCCUCCCCUGAUGAUGACGAUGAUGAUGUUCCUCCCGGGUUUGGUCCUUCCGCUGCCCGGGACGAAGAUGACCUUCCCGAGUUCAAUUUUACUGGUGGUGCAAUCCCAUCCCCGCAGCCCAAGUUUGCCCAAAAGCCCCCCAGGGGGCAGAGGCUAAUUCAUUCAGUUUCUCAAACCCCAUCUCGCCCAGUGGACCAAAUGAGGGAGCUCAUACACAAAUACGGGCAACCUAAAAUCGGUGGUGCGCCUUCACCUUCAGGAGGAAACUGGCAGGACAAUAGAGGUUUUGGGGUUGCGGUUCAGCCGUGGAAUGAUAAUGAUGACGACGAUGAUAUACCGGAGUGGCAGCCACAAGCCCCUCAGCACCAACUUCCUCCCCAACAGCCAGUUCACGGCUUUCAUCAACCGAUGCCGCGACCACCGCACUUGGUAAACCAACUACCUUCGUUGGGAUCAGUACCGCAGCAACCUUCUCAUCAGUCAAUGAUGUCGUUACAAUCUGUGCAGCCGCAAGGCACUUGGUGGGUUCCUCCCGCCCAGGGUAGUAGCCAGCAACCAAAUAAUUUAGGUUGUCAACCCACUCUAGGGCAGUUCUACGGCGCACCCGUGCGAAGUGUUGGGCAGCCAGGCGUGGCAUGGCGACAAAAUCCCCCCAAAAGUAGAGGCUUCUGAUAUAAUUUUUAUUCUUCUUUUCUUUUUUUCUCUUCUUUGUAUAGCAGAUGCCCAUUUCCUUUUUUAAGAUAUGUGCAGUUCUGUAACCAUAAAUGUUUUUAAGGGUUGUUAGCUUUUUUUAUUUUUA